AUGCAGGCGGGAGUCGAAUCGACGGCGGAGGAUGAGGAGAACUUGGAGCUUGGAAUCGCGACCGUUAUUCCUCGCGGGCUCCCGUCGCGCAGGCGUGGAGUGCAGUCGGGUCGACGGCGAGCAGUGCGGUUCGAUCCCGCAUCAGGCGGACUGGAGAUGAAUGGCGGGGAGGCAUCCGGAGGUGAUAAUAGCGAAGGUGACAGAAGGGAAGAGCUUUCAGACGACGACACUGGCGCGGGAAGAGAGGGAGGACGGAGACAGAAAGAACGGAGAAGUUCGCCUCCUCGUUCCGCUGUACAUUCCGCCAGCGCACAGGGGCGAAACGAAAGGGGGGAGGGGAGCAGAAGAGAGAAGGGCGGAGGGGGAUUGGGGAUGAUUGGACAGAGAGGGGGCGAAUGGGCACAGCGAGGAGGAGGGCUGCGGCAGCAGGAGGGUGCAGCAGCACAGCGCGCGAUUCAAAGGCCUCGGAAGCCAUCCGAGGACGCAGCAGGCGACUCAAGCAUCACUUUUCAGGAAGGUGCAGAGCAGGAUAGCGACGAGGAGGAGGAGAAGGAUGUGUACAGGAUGGCACGGGUGGAGGCGGUGCGACUGCUGAGUCUCAAGCAGUGGUCGGAGGCGCAGCUGCGGCAGAAGCUGGUAGCCAACCUGACCCAGCCAGAGCGGGCCUGGGGUUUGGCCAGGAGAGCGGGAACAGGGCAGCCACGUGGCAGCAUGCCACUGGAGCAGGCAGAUGCUGCGGUUGAUGCUGCCAUAAACUACAUGAAGAAGCUUGGCCUUGUGAAUGACACGGAGUACGCGGAGGCUUUUGCUCGAGGGAGGUUCAAGCAGUUUGCAUGGGGUCCAGCUCGCCUCAGACUGGAGCUUAAGAAGAGAGGGGUCAGCGCCAAUGAUGCUAACGCAGCUGUGGUGUCCGUCUACACUCUAAGCAGUUCAAGUGAGGACAGUAUUGAUAGCAGUGGUGAUGUUGAGGUGAAAUUGUCCCUUUGGAGAAGCGAAAACAACGCUUAG